GAAAGAUUGCACCGAACUUUUUUUUUUACACUACCCACGAAUUUACAAUUAAAUAAGACUAUAACGGUACUUUGUUUAUUACUGUGUUUAGAUCGUUUAGACAAAAAUUAAGUGGAAAAACAACGGUAUUUUAUCCAAAACAUGGUAAUUACCCGUUCAAUGCUCCAGUGUUAUAAGAAACUGAAUUUAAUAAAAGAAAUAAGGCUGUGAAUCUUUAUCUGCAAUAGAAAAAUACAAUUAUACAGUGAACAUACUUAAACUGCGAGGCGAGAUCAACACGACAUGGUGCGUGGAAGUGGCGGCCAUGUUGAUCAUAACGGUCAUCACCGUAGCUGGGAACAUCGCAGUGAUGAUUGCCUUGAGGCGGCUACAACGCUCCCCAGCUCACUACCCGCUGGCUAGCCUGGCCGCAGCGGACCUGCUGGUCGGAGUAUUUGUGCUGCCAAUCGCUGCUGCUCGGGAGCUUUUCGUUUUUCAAUUGACUUCUCCCACAGACUGGGUGAUAUGCUCUUGUUGGAGUACGCUGGACGUGCUUUGCUGUACAGCAUCUAUACUCUCUCUUUGUACUCUUGGCUGGGAGCGCUGGUGCUGCAUCACGGCACCACUCGCCAGAGCGAAGCGUUGCCAGAAGGCCAAACUUCUCGCUGUACUCGUCUGGCCUAUUUCUACUGCUGUGGCAUUGCCCACUGCAUUCAUACCUUCCCCGAAGCACUACCACGAUGGAGAGAUGCCUAAAGCCUGUACAGUGAAUACCAAUGUUGGCUACGUAUUCUUCAGUAUAUCCCUCUCGUUCUACAUACCAGCCAGCGUGAUGGUCGGAUUCUACAUAUGCAUUCUUCGCCUUUUAUCCUUGCCACUACCAAUUCGAGCUCAUCGUGGACGGCCGUGCGAACGUGCGGAUAGACCACCAACAAAUCGCAAUGAGGAGACUGAAAACCCUACCUUACCUCAAGGCAAUGAUAACGAAAUUGCUCAGCAGACACAAGCAACCGCAUCUCCGAAAGGCUGCCAUUUGAAUGCACCAGCGGAGGCCUCAGGUGCAAUCAAAACCCAUUUGCCAAAAGUUGUUGUCUCACUAAGCGGUUUGAUUCCGAAGCAGCGUCGCGCAACCAGGACUAUAAUUAUGCUUAUGUCCUUAUUCUUAGCCUGCUGGACACCUUUCUUCAUCAUGUUGCCAGUUGAUUCUCUUUGUGAAUGUGUAUGGGACGUGACAUGGCUUUGGUGCACGUGGCUCGGCUACGCUAACUCGGCGUUCAACCCGCUUGUUUAUGCAGCAGCGUCGCCCAGCGUGCGGCGGGCCUUACAGGCUACCCUUACUACAUCCAGUUCAGCGCGGACCACCGUCGUACCGCUGUCGCCUAGCGUACGGAGACCCUAAUUGUAAGUAUUUAUUCAU